AUGAACCAUGUUACCCCACUCCCACCCUCCGUCACGAGAGAAGCCGCCAUCGCGCAUCUGCACAACCACCGCCAGAUGAUCCAGCUCAAUCCACUCGUCCUGCGACACGAACUCACCACGCCCCACGAUAGUGCGACGCCCGAUGAGGCGAAAGAGAUGGUGUGGUAUGAAAUCACGGAUAUGAUCACCUAUGUGCCUUAUACCCCCAUCAAAGGCGAGGUCAGCUACAAGGCCGGCUUCUACGAUAUUCCCACUGGCCUUCAGACGCACACAUUCGCCGCUGGCGGCGUUGACAUUCGAGGCCGCUGGACCGUUGGGGGUAACGCGCCGGGAGAACCGAGGGAGGAGGUCGAGAUUGGCUCGAACAAGCCGCGCGAUGGUCUGUACAUCCAAGAGGUGGUGGACCUCAAGUGCAGCGUGUUCCUUACCAGCUUUGUCAAGCGAAAUCUGAAAAAGUCGCAUGCCACACUCUGUGACAGCAUCAUCGAGAAG